CUAGAGCUGACCCCGGGUCCUGAGGCUCUUAAACCCCACGCUGGGCAUAGAGAGGAUCUGAAAGUGUCACCCUCCACACCAUCCCCCAGAGACCUCACAGCAGAAGGACCCAUGGUCUGGGGGUGGGACACAUGGAACAUAUGGUUUGGGACAUGUGGCCUGGAGGUGGGACACAUCUCUAUGGAUCUUACAGAGCUGGUUGCUACCAAAAAAGCAAGGGAGAAAACUGCAACUGGCUGCACAGCCAACUCAAUAUCUCUCCUGUGAGCAAGGGACCCCAUCCAGCACUUAAUUAGUUAAUUAGAGCAGGGAACUGAGUGCUCACAGGUGUUGCCAGUUGCCCGAGGACCUGAGCAUCCCCUGGGCUGUAGGAGAUGUGGGCUAUAAAAGGCCCUGGGCAGGAGCUGCUCUUUGUGCUGGACCCUGGUGGGCAGGAUGAGGCCUGGAAGCAGCCUGGGGUUUGCUCUUUUCUGCUGGGUUUUGGGGGAGGUGGCUGCUUACAGCCCAUGGAGCCUCCCUGGACGGGAGGCAGAGCUCUGGGGGUACAGAGGGGACGUGGGGCAGCCCCGUGCCUUCCCCCAGCCCUCCCCCUGGGCAUGGGUGGACAUUUCUCAGCUCCAGGCUGCCGCCCCCCUGCACCCUGUGGCCGUGCGGUGCCAGGAGGCGCAGGUGGUGGUCACGGUGCACAGGGACCUCUUUGGCACGGGGCGGCUGGUCAGGGCUGCGGAGCUGACCCUGGGCUCGGCCGCCUGCCUGCCUACAGCCCAGGGUUCUGCUGACACCACCGUGACCUUCGUGGCCGGGCUGCAUGAGUGCGGCAGCACCCUCAGGGUGACUCCUGAUGCUCUGGUCUACAGCACAAGCUUAAACUACAAGCCAGUUCCUGCCGGCAACCCUGUCAUCAUCCGCACCAGCCCUGCCGUGGUCCCUAUCGAGUGCCACUACCCAAGGAUGGCCAACGUGAGCAGCAAUGGUGUCAAUCCUACGUGGAUGCCUUUUCGUUCCACCCUGGCCUCCGAGGAGAAGCUACCCUUCUCUCUGCGCCUCAUGAAUGAUGACUGGAGUGCUGAGAGAGUCUCCACUGUGUUUCAACUGGGAGAGGUCCUCCACUUCCAAGCUGGUGUCAACACAGAGAACCAUGCACCUCUGAGGCUUUUUGUGGAUAACUGUGUGGCCACCCCAACCCCAGCCAGGAGCUCUUCUCCCCAGUAUGCCUUCAUUGACUUCAGCGGGUGCUUGGUGGAUGGGCAACUGGAUGACGCCAGCUCAGCUUUUAUAUCCCCAAGGCCCAGGCCAGAUGUGCUUCAGUUUGAAGUAGAUGCAUUCAAGUUUGCAGGAGGCUCCAGCAACCUGAUCUACAUCACCUGCCACCUGAAGGUCUCCCCAGCUGACCGAGAUCCAGACCCUCUGAACAAGGCUUGCUCCUUCAACAAAGCCAGCAGCCUCUGGGAUCCUGUGGAAGGCACCCAGGAUAUCUGCUCCUGCUGUGAGAUGAGGAGCUGUGGCUUUGCCGGCCACUCCAGGAGGCUCCACGCUCCCUCCCGAUGGCAAGGAGGACGUGUCCGGAGAGAACAGCCCUCUGAACUUGAUCCUUUGGUGAGAGAAGCAGAUGUUGUGGUUGGACCUCUCUUCAUCCACAGCUGGCAGGAUCGCCCGGUUAAGAGGACACCUCCACAAGAUGCAGGUCACUUGUGGAUGUUAUUGGAGCUGGCUGCACUUGCUGCUGGUUUAGUCAUGGUGAUCCUUGCUGUUGUAGGAGCUCUGUCUGCCUGCCAGAAACCCAGCAACCCUCUUUAAGUCACUUGUUUCAGCUUUUGUAGUAUGUCCAAUAAAAAAAAGAAAACACUGAA